CGCCGCGCCCGGGCACGCUGCAGCGCCCGGCCCUGCCACGGGCCCGCGGAGCCGCGAUGGACCGGUACCGGCCCCGGCCCCCCCCCCCCGCCGCUGCUGGUGCUGCUGCUGCUGCUCCGCGCCCCGGCACCGGGCUCCGCGCAGGCAGUGUGCGCGGGGACGCUGAACGGGCUGAGCGUGACGGGGGACGCGCAGCACCAGUACCAGACGCUGCACAAGAUGUACAACAACUGCGAGAUCGUGAUGGGCAACCUGGAGAUCGUCCUCAUCGACCACACGCAGGACCUGUCCUUCCUGCAGACCAUCCGGGAGGUGACGGGCUACAUCCUGAUCGCCAUGAACGUCUUCGCCUCGUUGCCGCUGCAGAACUUGCGCGUCAUCCGCGGGACGCAGUUCUACGAGGAGAAGUACGCGCUUUUCGUGCUGCUCAACUACAACCCCAACAGCACCCACGCGCUGCGCCAGCUCGGCCUCAACCAGCUCACAGGCGCCCCGUGCCACGAGAGCUGCGGUGGGCACUGCUGGGGGCCUGGCCCUGAGGACUGCCAGAAAUUGACGAAGACCAUCUGUGCCCCCCAGUGCAACGGGCGCUGCUUCGGGCGGGCGCCCAACGAGUGCUGCCACGAGGAGUGCGCGGGGGGCUGCACCGGCCCCCUCCAGACACACUGCUUCGCCUGCCGGCACUUCAACGACAGCGGGGCGUGCGUCCCCCUGUGCCCCCAGCCCCUCAUCUACAACAAACUGACCUUCCAGCUGGAGCCCAACCCCGACACCAAGUACCAGUACGGGGGCAUCUGUGUCCGGAGCUGCCCGCACAACUUCGUGGUGGACCAGAGCUCCUGUGUCCGCGCCUGCCCCAAUGACAAGAUGGAGGUGGAGAAGAAUGGGCUGAAGAUGUGCGAGCCCUGCUCAGGGCUGUGUCCCAAGGCCUGCGAGGGCACCGGCGCCGGCAGCAAGUACCAGACCGUGGACUCCAGCAACAUCGACACCUUUGUGAACUGCACCAAGAUUUUGGGCAACCUGGACUUCCUCAUCACUGGCCUGGAGGGGGAUCCCUGGCGCAACAUCUCGGCGCUGGACCCUGAGAAGCUGAACGUCUUCCGGACAGUGCGGGAGAUCACGGGGUACCUGAACAUCCAGUCCUGGCCCAAGCACAUGCAUAACUUCAGCGUCUUGUCCAACCUCGUCACCAUCGGGGGACGGAGCCUGUACAACCGGGGCUUCUCGCUGCUGAUCAUGAAGACGGAGCACGUGCGCUGGCUGGGGCUGCGCUCGCUGCGCGAGGUGAGCGCGGGCCGCGUGUACAUCACGGCCAACCGGCGGCUGUGCUACCUGCACUCGCUGCGCUCCGCGCUGGGCCGCCGCCGCGCCGACCUGGACAUCCGCGACAACCGGCCCGCGCAGCAAGUGCCCAAGAGGGGGAGGUGUGCGACCCCCCUGUGCUCGGCCGAGGGGUGCUGGGGGCCGGGCCCCGCGCAGUGCCUGUCCUGCCGCCACUACCGCCGCCGCGGCGUCUGCGUGCCCGCCUGCCGCCUCGCGCAGGGGACGCGGGAGUUCGCCCAGGGGGGCGAGUGCUUCGAGUGCCACCCCGAGUGCGCGCUCAUCGAGGGCAACGUCACCUGCAACGGCUCGGGUGCCGACACCUGCACCCGCUGUGCCCACUACCGGGACGGGCCCCACUGCGUGGAGCGCUGCCCCGACGGCGUCCUGGGCGAGCGCGGCCCCAUCUACAAGUACCCCGAUGCCAACCGCGAGUGCCGGCCCUGCCACGAGAACUGCACCCGUGGGUGCCAGGGGCCGCUGCUGCGGGACUGCCUGGGGGAGACCCUGCCGGUCUCCAGGAAAACGCCAACGGUGGUCGCAGUGAUGGUGGUCGGGGGGCUCUUCCUCUCCUGCUCCUGCGUCCUCCUCGCCCUGCUCUACUGGCGUGGCAAGAAGAUCCAGAAGAAGCGGGCGAUGCGGCGCUACCUGGAGCGUGGGGAGAGCCUGGAGCCGCUGGAUCCCAGUGAAAAAGCCAACAAGGUGCUGGCCCGCAUCUUCAAGGAGACGGAGCUGAAGCGGCUGAAGGUGCUGGGCUCCGGCGUCUUUGGGACUGUGCACAAGGGCAUCUGGAUCCCCGACGGGGACUCCAUCAAGAUCCCGGUGAGCAUCAAGGUGAUCCAGGACUGGAGCGGGCAGCAGUCCUUCCACGCCGUCACCGGACGUAAGUCUUGCGGGCACAUGCUGGCCAUUGGCAGCCUGGACCAUGCCUACAUCGUGCGGCUGCUGGGCAUCUGCCCCGGCCCCCAGCUCCAGCUGGUGACGCAGCUGCUGCCGCUGGGCUCCCUCCUCGACUACGUCCGCAAGAACCAGGACAGCAUCAGCCCCCAGCUCCUGCUCAACUGGUGCGUCCAGGUGGCCAAGGGCAUGUACUACCUGGAGGAGCACCGCAUGGUGCACCGCAACCUGGCUGCCCGCAACGUGCUGCUCAAGUCCCCCAGCCAGGCGCAGGUGGCCGACUUCGGCAUCGCCGACCUCCUCUACCCCGACGACAAGAAGUAUUUCUACAACGAGGUCAAGACACCCAUCAAGUGGAUGGCACUGGAGAGCAUCCACUUCGGCAAGUACACGCACCAGAGCGAUGUCUGGAGCUAUGGGGUGACGCUCUGGGAGAUGAUGACGUUCGGGGCUGAGCCCUACGCCGGGAUCCGGCUGGCCGAGGUGCCCGACCUGCUGGAGAAGGGCGAGCGGCUCUCGCAGCCCCAGAUCUGCACCAUCGACGUCUACAUGGUGAUGGUGAAGUGCUGGAUGAUCGAUGAGAACAUCCGUCCCACCUUCAAGGAGCUGGCGAACGAGUUCACCCGCAUGGCCCGCGACCCCCCGCGAUACCUGGUGAUCAAGGAGAGUGGGACCACGCCGUCUGCCGAGCCCCCCACCCUCAGUGACAAGGAGCUGGAUGACAUGGAGACACUGGAGCUGGAGGAGGAGGAGGAGCUGGACGCCUCCUUCGGCCUCACCACUGGGCUCUACCCUCAGCAGCCGCGGGGCAGCUGUGCCCGGAGCCCCAGCCUGCUCAGCCCCCCCGCUGGCUACAUCCCCAUGAACCAGCCUGGCCUCGGCACUGGCCGCCAGGGUGGGGGGUACCGGCCGCCGCGGCGCAGCCGUCAGGAGUCCCUGGGACGGACGGUGUCGGAGUCGUCGGAGGGCCGGGGUACGGCCUCGGAGCUGGACCUGGCUGAGGGGGGGUCUCUGGCUGGGAGCCUCUGCCGCAGCCUGCGCUCGCGGGGGGACAGCGCCUACCUGUCCCAGCGGGAGAGCUUCCCCCCCCCGCCCCCCAGCUCCGAGGGCUCCGAGGAGGAUGCCAACGGCUACGUCACCCCCAACUGCGCCGGACGGGAGCCAGACCCUGCCGGGGGCUCGGUGCUGGAGCCAGAGGAGGAGUACGAGUACAUGAACCGCCGGCCGGGGGGUCCCCCGGGAGCCCCCCCACCCCGGCCGGCCUCGCUGGAGGAGCUGGGCUACGAGUACAUGGAGGUGGGCUCAGAGCCGGGAGCCCCCCCGGGCGCCCCCCCGGCUCGGGGGCAGGAGGAGGAGGACUACGAGUACAUGAACAAGCAGCCGCGGCUGAGCCGCUCGCUGGGCAGCGUGGUGGGGGGGCCAGGACCCCGACAGGAGGGUGGCCCCCCCCGGCACGAUGGCUACACUGACAUGCGCCCGGGGGAGGCCCCCCCGGCCCCCGAGGAGGAACAGGGCUACGAGGAGAUGGAGGCGGUGCUGGCCCCCCGCUGCCCCGGCUGCCGUGCCCCCCCCGGCCCCCCCACCCCCUGCAUGAAGCCCCUGCGGAGCCUGGAGGCUUCAGACUGCGCGUUCGACAACCCCGACUACUGGCACAGCCGCCUCUUCGCCAAGGCGGACGCCCAGCGGACGUAGGGGACCCCCCCGGCCCCCCCCAUCCCGCUGCCUUCCCGGCCCCCCCGCGGCUGUUUACACUGGAUAUGAAGGAUCCUCGCCCCCCGCCCCCCCCGCCCAGGGGUACGAGCCGCAGCGUGGGCAGGGGGCCUGGGGGGCUGCAGCCCCUUGGGGUGCACCCGCUCUCUGCCAGCCUUUCCUGGGGUGUGGGGGCGGUGAGGCUGAUCCUCAGCUGGGGAGGGGGCAGGGGGGCUCCGGGCCCCUGGGUCCCCCUCCUGCUGUGCUCAGUGGGUGCCCCCCAGCCGCUCCCCCUGGCUGCAGGUGCUCCCCCCUCCCCGUCUGGGGCUGGGGGUCCCCGUCUGGUGCUGCCUGGGGGUGCAGGCAGACGAGGCCAGGCGGGGAGUUCUGGGUACGAAGGACCCCAGACUCAUUUUCAGGUUUCCCCGUUCCCUGCUGGAGCCCAAGUGAAGGUUUGGGGGUGCCCCCUCCCCCUCCCCAGGCACUUCAGAACGUGUCCCCUGGGCGGGGGGUGGUGGUGCCUGUUACGACUUGGGGGUCCCGAGCCACAGUGGGGGGGGGGCUGUCUGCGCAGCUUCCCCCUGCCCAGCCCUACGGUGAGACCCUGGAGAAUCCCCUUUCCAUGAUGUUAUCCCUGGGUUUGCAUGGGACGGGGGGGGGGGGCCCAUCGGGGUCCCCCCCCUGGCUCGUGGUAUCGCCCCGGUGCCCCCGGGUGCAGCGGGGUGCAUGGGGCAGGUUUGUAAAUGCUGAAUAAAGACAAAGAGAAUUUGA